GGGUUUAUUUGAACUUGUAUCUUAUUAUAAACAUUGGGUGAGAAAUUUCAUAUCUUUAGGAAACAUGAACUCACCUCUAUGCCUGUAUGAAUAAUACUGACCUAGGAAUAGAACAGCUGUAUCUAUCACAGAUCUCUGGUUCACUCCCCAAAUGGCCACAACAGCCAGGGCUGGGCCAGGUCAAAGCCAGGAGCCGGGAGCCUCAUGUGGGUCUCCCAUGUAGAGGGCAGGGGCCCAAACACUUGGGCCAUCUUCUGUUGCUUUCCCCAGGCCAUUAGCAGGGAAGCAGGAUUGGACACGAACCAGUACCCAUGUGGGAUGCCCGUGUCGUAGGCUGUGGUUUUACUGGCUGCAUUACAACACCUGCCCCCAUAGAAAUCUUUAAGUAGCUCUUGACUUUAUGCCUGCUUUGUCGAUUUACUCAGAAACGUUGAUUGAAUUUCCACGUGCUACUCCAGAUAAGGGGGAUGCAGCCAGGCCACUGCCCCCAGGAAGCUCAUGGUCGGGCGCAGGUGGGGAGCGCUGACAUUUCAGGAAGUGAGAUUAAAACUACACAGGGUGCUGUGAUGGAGCGUGAGUGGGGAACCACCUCAAGAGAAGUCAUUAGGAAAGUUCUUUGAGGAAGUAAUUCAUCAACCAGAGCGCGUGUGACAGGAAAGAGUCAGAGGUGUGCUCGUUUUGGGGAAGAGCAGACAGAGGGGAUCUAGAAAAGCACUCCCGGGGUGAGAAAGAGCUUGCAGGGUUCAAGAGCCGGCUGUGUGGCUGUGUGGCUGCAGCUCGGAGGCUGAAUGAAGACAGGCAGAGAGGUCUGCAGGGGGCAGGAGCAUGUCAGGCCCUAGGGACAAGGGAAUUUCUUCAGACCUUUGGCUGGCCAUGUGGCAAGUUCAAGUUCCUCAUCAAGUAGUGCUACAGCCCCCAGAGAACUCCUCCCGUCAGUCCUGACCGCUCUCACCGCAGCCCCGAGCCUGGCAAGAUGGUGUCCCAGUCCUCAGGCCAGCAGGAUGCCCCUGUGGACGCCUGGGAAGGGAUCGGCGGAGCCUCCAGCGACGCUGAUGCUUCCCCCAGCCUCCUGGGUGCCGAGCAGCCCCACUGCCGGUUAGAUGUCAGGUUCACGAGGCACAGGGCGGCCUGGAUUAACCCCCAGUGUGUGCGGCAGCAGCUGCAGGACUCGCCUUCCCAGGUGCCGGCGGUGGGGAACAGCGCCAGCCACGCGGCGGCAGAUGCUGCCCCUCCCUCGGACCCGUCGCCGCCGCCCCUCGGGGGCGCCCCUGAAGAGACAACGUUUUCUGAGGACGCUGCAGACUCCACAGGCAGUGCCUCUGCCCGUGGCUCAGGCAUGAAGAGCGGCGGCUUCUCUUGGACUGAAGAACGGGUGGCUCUCCCAGGGUGUUCUCGUCAUGCGUCUUUCCCGACGAGUUCUAGGAUUUUGGCCACGUCUGCGUGUCCCGAGGUUGACUGUGCGUUGUUGGAGCCUUUGCAACUGACAGUUUCUGCUGCUGAAGUAGGUGCUGUUCAAGUCAGUAGAAGAACCAUUUCUUUGAAUUCCUUCUCACCAGAGGCAUUCAUGCUGCCUGUUGAUGUAGAAAAGGAAAAUGCCCACUUUUAUGUGGCAGAUGUGAUUAUAUCAGCAAUGGAGAAGAUAAAGUAUAACAUCAUGAGUCAACAGCAGGCAGAGAGCUGGAUUGUCGAGGAAGCCAGUGCUUCGCUUGAGCACAGAGAGGCUGACCCUGAAGCAACAGCUCCUGACACGAGGGAUGAACCCAGCUCUUCCACUUCUUCAGACAGUGGCUAUGAAGGCUGUGCUGUGUUGCAGGUCAGCCCAGUGCCUGAAACACCUGCUUUCUCUGAUGUGGUGAAAGAGGCCUGCAAAUGUGACUUUGAUGACUUUGUUAUUUUAGAACUUGGAGAGCUUAAUGACAUCAUAGAAACCUGUGGAUGUUCCUACAGCUCCUCUAGGAGCUUCACUUAUGAGCCAGGCUUCAAUUCUGCCGAACGGUUAGCCAAGGAGUUGUACCAAGUGUUCCGGAAGUGCUGGAUGUUGUCGGUGGCUAAUUAUCAGCUUGCAGAUUCCCUGAAUGCAGCCGGCUCCAUAGUGGUAAAUGAAGAUCGUGUUCGACAAGACUUUGAAGCCAGUGUGGAUAUAGUCGAGGAAAUUAAACUUAAGUCUAGGAUCCGAGGGAUUGAAGACUGGGCCCCGCCUAGAUUUCAAAUCAUAUUUAACGUUCAUCCACCACUCAAGAGGGACCUGGUGGUAGCAGCCCAGAAUUUCUUCUGUGCCGGCUGUGGCACUCCAGUGGAGCCGAAGUUCGUGAAGCGGCUCCGGUACUGCGAGUAUCUGGGGAAGUAUUUCUGUGACUGUUGCCACUCCCAUGCCGAGUCCUGUAUCCCCGCCCGGAUCCUGAUGAUGUGGGACUUCAAGAAGUACUACGUCAGCAACUUCUCCAAACGGCUGCUCGACAGCAUAUGGCCCCAGCCGAUUUUCAAUUUGCUGAGCAUCAGUCAAAGCCUCUAUGCCAAGGCCAAGGAACUGGAGAGGGUGAAGGAAAUCCGGGAGCAGCUUUUUCAUAUCAAGAAGCUGUUGAAGACUUGCAGGUUUGCGCACAGCACAUUAAAGGAGUUUGAGCAGGUUCCCAGACACCUGACUGAGGAGCUCCACCUGUUCUCCCUAGAGGACCUGGUCAGGAUCAAGAAGGGGCUGCUGGCACCCUCACUCAAGGAACUUCUGAGAGCUGCCCUCACGCACGUGGCCAGCUGCGAGCUGUGCCAGGGCAAGGGCUUCAUCUGUGAGUUUUGCCGGAGCACGACUGUCAUCUUCCCAUUUCAGACCACGACGUGCAGAAGAUGUUCAGUGUGCAGGGCGUGUUUCCACAAGCAGUGCUUCCAGGCCUCCCAGUGCCCCCGGUGUGCCAGGAUCACAGCUAGGAGAAGACUUUUGGAAAACUUACCCUCUGCAGCACCGUAACAGCCCUGGGUACUGCGAAAAAAGACUUCAACAGGCCUUAUGAUACCACUGAUUUGUGUCUGUUUUUGGUAACAUUGUUUUAGAUGUCACACGUUGUAUAGUAUGAAAAAUCAUGGUCAAUAUUCACUUUCUUGUAUAUGUGUAUAUAUGUAUAAUGUUUUAAAAGACAGAUUCUUUGUUAUUUGGCAAAGGGUUGUAACUAGUGGUUUUGUUUACAAAUGUUUGAUACUUUUGCUGCUACUGGGUUUUGUAAAGAGUUUUUGUAUACAUCUUAAGUUGGAUUUUAAUAGUUAUAUUUAGAUGACCUUGGAGCUUUUUAAAUUAGUUAAAACUGACAAGAUUAAUUACUGAACGUCCUCUUCCUUUAAAGCUUGUUUGGUAAAACUGAUUUAUAGAGUCAAUGAACAAAAAUGCAAUAAAAAAUCUGUGUGCUCAGGC